UAAAAAAAGCAGUUGAAGUGAUAGCUGUCAAGGGUUGUUUGGGUCCGGGUGUACGGCGCGCGAAUCCUCAUGCGAGUCCUUGUAUUGUUUGUCGUUUAUGUUUCCUUUUGUGGCUCCAGAUAAUUACUACGGGCAUCAUGGGAAUUAAAGGACUUUCGCAACUAAUCGCUGAUGUUGCACCGUUUGCAGUGAAGGAGGGGGAAAUCAAACAAUUUUUUGGACGAAAAGUGGCUAUCGAUGCCUCUAUGUGUCUGUACCAGUUUCUCAUUGCUGUGCGUGCGGAAGGAGCUCAACUCACGUCGGUGGACGGCGAAACGACCUCACAUCUGAUGGGCACGUUCUACCGUACCAUUCGGUUGCUGGAGAACGGCAUCAAACCGGUGUACGUGUUCGACGGAAAGCCUCCGGAUCUAAAGUCUGGUGAACUGAAUAAACGUGCGGAACGACGCGAAGAAGCGCAGAAAGCUUUGGACAAAGCGACUGAAGCUGGUGCGGUCGAAGACAUAGAAAAGUUUAACCGGAGACUCGUGAAGGUUACAAAGCAACAUGCAAAUGAGGCAAAGGAACUGCUGCGUCUGAUGGGCGUUCCGUACGUUGAGGCACCCUGUGAAGCGGAAGCGCAAUGUGCCGCAUUGGUUUGCGCUGGGAAGGUGUAUGCGACGGCCACGGAGGAUAUGGAUGCGCUUACGUUCGGCUCAUCCAUCCUGCUGCGACAUCUGACAUUCAGCGAAGCACGCAAGAUGCCCGUCCAGGAGUUUAACUACGAAAAGGUACUGAAAGGUUUCGAGCUGUCGCAGGACGAAUUUAUCGAUCUGUGCAUUCUGCUCGGUUGUGACUACUGCGAUACUAUUCGAGGCAUUGGGCCGAAGAAGGCCAUCGAACUGAUCAAUAAGCAUCGCUCAAUUGAAACGAUCCUCAAACAUCUGGACACUCAGAAGUACAUCGUGCCGGAAGACUGGAACUAUCAGCAAGCUCGUCGGCUUUUUAAGGAACCAGAGGUGCAGAAUGCGGACACCGUUGACCUUAAGUGGUCCGAACCGGAUGAGGAAGGUUUGGUAAAAUUCAUGUGCGGCGAUCGUCAAUUUAAUGAAGAUCGUAUAAGGACAGGAGCGAAAAAAAUACUGAAAACAAAAAACACGGCCACACAAGGCAGGUUGGAUUCGUUCUUCAAAGUGUUACCAUCGACCGGUACGCCCAAACGGAAAGUGGAUGAGAAAAAACCACUUGUCGGUUCGUCAGCAAAGAAAGCUAAAAUGGGAGGUGCAACUAGAGGAAGAAAACCAAAAUAAUACUUUGUUUUUAUAAAAUUGUAUUAACAGGAAUAAUAUUUCAAUAUUCAAU